ACCGGUCAUUUCACUGUCAUUGUUGAUGAAAUCAUCCAUUAAAUUUUUUUUCGACAAUUCUAUAAAAAAAAAUGUUGCAUGUGUGUUAGUAAAAUCAUUUUGUAUGUGUUAGUUUCGGUCAUUCAUUUCUUAUAGGGUAAAGCAUAUGUUUUCUCAUACACUGAACAUACUCCACGUAUAAUCAAAACAAAUACAUGUGCGUAUUAAUGAUUUCUAUUUUAAAUAAACAUUUAUUUUAAAUAAAAAUGAGUUUAGCUAAAAUAAAAGCAAAAGAAACAAAAGGUAAACAGAAACUUUUGCCAAAAUUAAAAGCCAUAUUAGCAAAUCCCAACAAAACGAAAUGUCCUAUUUUAGAUGAACCUGAACUGCAUCAACUGAAAUCUUUAAUACAAAAUGCCAUCAAAGAAAGUAAACUGCAACCUAGAUCUUUUGCUACCCAGAAAGGUAUAUGUUUGGGUUUAGAAAGUUCCCUACGAAAAAUCAACAAUCAAACCAGCAGUUGUGUCUUUAUAUCUUUGAGUAUCAAACCAAAUCAUAUUAUAAGCUUAAUAGCCAGAAAUGCUGAAACUAAAGAUGAAACUCAACCUGUGUAUGCUCAACCCAAAUUGGAAAACUUUAUAGAGGAACUAUUUGGUAUUCAAGCUUUGUGUAUGGUGUUUCCCAAGAAUUUGAUGGCAAUUAGUGAGGAGCUAAAUAAAUGGGUAGAGAAGCGCAAGAAACCAGCCAAAAUUAAAAAAGUAGAUGCACUAAUAAAGAAAACUUUAAAAAAGAAACUUAAAAAAAUGAAACCGUUGGAAAAUAAAAAGGAAACUAAAAAAGAAUUAGUAGACGAAACUACAACAGAGAGUGUGGUAAAAUCAUGGUCGGGAGAUUAUAUAUCAUUUGGUAAAGACAACCCAGUUACAGGGGAUUACAAGUUAGACGGUGAUCAGGCUGUAGAGGCUUUGUCGGAAAUAAUCAAUAAAAUUCCCACUUCAAAAGUUAUUAAAGAAAUUGAACCCAUGGAAGUGGAUGCUGAUAGGAAUGUAAAAAUUACUGCAGAAAUUAAUUCAUUUGACGAUGACAAUGCAUCGGAGAAUUCGGAUGAUUUCCUUGGCGAAUAUAAAAAUUUAACAGUACACAAAAUAAAAGGUAAUCCUAAUAAAAAUCCCAAAAAGAAACGCAAAAAGAAUAAAAAGAAACCAACAAAUUAAACUUAAAAUGUAUUUUUGUUUUCUAUAAAAAAUGUUCCAUUUUCUCAUUUAAAUUUCUAAAUUAAGCCGGGAGAGGAUUUAAUAUACAACCGUUUUAUUUAUGCUGUUCAAACACUUUUUAAA